CUGAUAUCGCAGUUUGCUCUCAGCGAUACGCCUUUUACUGCUGCCCCGCACUCGCAGAAGCGCAUGACGAAAAGCAUCGAGCGCAGUGCGGCUUGGCUCGCAGAUCUGUUGCGUCCUGCGAUGGAUGAGUCAUCCACGGAAUCAAUUCCUACUGCUUUGAACGUCUUCGUGCAUAUGGCUGGUGGCACUUCGACCUCCGCAAGGAGAGCCUUUUCGCACAGCCUCAUGGAGACUCUUCAUGGGUUGGAAGCAGACGCCGUGACACCACUGUUAUGUUUGGAUGAAGGAGUAGCUGGAUAUGCAUUUGACCUAGCCGCCCUUCAUGUCAGACCAGCUCCUUCGUCGACCCACAACGAUAAGGACGGAGGCAUCGAAAUCGCAGAGAGCUCUCUGAUUCUACAGAAUUCGGAAUCAUUGGCACAGGCGCCAACGCCUAACGCGGCUCAUACACCCACAUCGCUCUCGUCCAGCAUGAUCGAGCCUCUUUCCUUCCUCUCCCCCAUGCUGGAUGAGCUCCUCCGUGCAUCGUUAGAUCCACUCCCGAUCGCAAAGCCACGCCUCGUCACGGAUGUUCGAUCCCCUCAUGAAAUCCUGCGUUUGAUCAGAGAUGUUGGAGUCGAUGUAUUCGAUGCGGGAUGGGCUGUAAAAGCAGCUGAUAUCGGAGUAGCUCUCGAUUUCGUUUUUCCGGUACCCAGCAGUCACGACAGCAGUCCAGACCAUCGCAAACGCGAUAUUGGUCACAACCUGUACGAUGCAAAGUACGCUCACGACUUCGUCAGGUUGUCAAACGCCUUCCUCGCUGGCCGCGAUAGAGCAUCUUCGUCUAAAACUCCCGUUUGCCCCUGCGCUGCAUGCUCUCCAGUUGCCCCCACGUCUCCUAUUUACCACAGCAAAGUUGACGUUCAGUCGCACCGAGGGCAUUUAGACGACGGCACGAGCCAGGAACAAUUUUCACCUCCUUUCACACGAGCCUACCUGCACCACCUCUUACACACCCACGAGAUGUCUGCACACACACUCCUUGUCGCACAUAACGUUGCCGUCCUUGAUGCCCUGCUUACUGGAGUGCGAACGAUUCUUUCGGGUCAUGCUGAUCAGCAUGAAGCAGUAGCCAUUUUUUCGCGAGAAGUCACGAAGUUCGAAGAGGUUUACGAUGGGGAUAUGUCGGUGUUCCAUACUGCUCGGGAAAACUGGAAGGACGUGAAGUACGCACGGGGUAAAGGAAGAUUGGCACGGGAGGCACAGAAAGACAAGAAAGUCCGAUCGGUACAUUAUAAUGAGGUACAGUGA